AUGCCCAGCCAAUCCCGCAGUCGGGACCGAUAUGGUCGCGACAGUGAUCGCGAUCGUUCCCGCGUCCAACCACGCAGAAGAUACCACGUAUCCGAGGACGAUGACGAUGACGACGAUUUCGACGACAACCCACGCGACCGCCGUUACAGACGAGAUGGCUACCGGCGCGCGCCUGUUGAUUCACGAGCUUACGAUUCUCACGACGAUUACGAAGUAGUUGAUGUGGAGGAGGAACCACGGAGAUACCGAUCGGAUACAGAGCGACGGCGGGAACGGGCCAGGGCGUCACCGGGCACGUCACCUCGCAAACGAGAACGCACACGGGACUCAGGCGGUGGGCACAGACGACGGCGAACAGAAGAGAGCGAUGGCAGCCAGGCGCCGCAAGCCCACCGGGAUAGGAGGUCACGCACAAGACGGGAUCGCGGCCUGGACGAUGAGGAUUUAGAAGACGCUGCACGAAGACUCCGUCGCCGGGAACGAGAACGCGAGCGAGAACGACGCGCUGAAACCUCUAAGCACAAGAGUACGGACUCUUCGAAUAGUUCGGCCGGGUUGUUGAAUGCAAACGCCUUGGCUAAACUCAGAGCGCAGCAUGAAGAGUUGGACCGUCAGGAACAGCGUCGGGCAGAAAAAGAAGCUAAAGCGGAAAGGAAAAGAAGGCGCAAACGACCCGCAGUCGAAGGGCAGAUGCGCACCCUCGAUCCGUUUCCUGAUGAAGUCCCUCGGGGUCAAUCCAAAGGUCGCAUCGUAUCGGGGGCCUACCUUGAAGAAGGCAGGGCUCCAGAUAUGGAAGUCAGACUGCGUGGGGGCGGAAGAGGGCCACCGAGGGAGAGACGAUGGGAGAAAGAUAGUGAUGGCUCAGCCCCACUGACACCGUUCUGGAAGCGGAAGAAAUGGUGGUGGAUUGGAGCCAUUGUGCUCGUUAUCGUGGUCAUAAUUAUUGUUGUCGCGGUCGUUGUAUCGAAUAAUAAGAAAAGCGACUCAGAUUCCGACUCAGAUUCCAAUUCAGGUUCAUCAGAUUCUUGGGGUGGUGAUAAAUCGUCCUUAAAUGGACUUGAUCACGACAGUAUCCCGAAAUCCGCCCAAGGCACAGUGCUUGACCCAUGGACAUGGUACGAAACAACAGACUUCAAUGUAACCUAUACAGACGAGACUGUUGGUGGGCUCUCUGUUAUGGGCUUGAACUCCACCUGGGACGAUUCUGUUGCGCCGAACGAAAAUGUACCGCCACUUAACAAGCCAUUUCCGUAUGGGUCACAGCCAAUUCGUGGUGUAAACAUCGGAGGAUUGCUGUCUCUCGAGCCCUUCAUCACGCCCUCCCUAUUUGAAGGCUACUCAUCAGAUGUCGUUGAUGAGUACACGCUAACCACAAAACUAGGCGACAACGCCGCCAGAAAGCUUGAAGAGCACUACGCAACCUUUAUCACAGAACAAGAUUUUGCCGACAUGGCUGAGGCUGGGAUCGACCAUGUUCGAAUCCCAUUUUCCUACUGGGCAGUAAACCCCAGGGAAGAUGAGCCCUAUGUUGCCAAAAUCUCGUGGCGUUAUCUACUUCGCGUCAUCGAGUACUGCCGCAAAUACGGACUACGAGUAAACCUCGACCCGCACGGUAUGCCGGGCAGCCAAAAUGGCAUGAAUCACAGCGGACGGCAAGGCAGCAUUCGCUGGCUAAAUGGUGAUGAUGGCGACACAUACGCCCAGCGCUCGCUCGAAUUUCAUGAAAAGAUAUCCAAGUUCUUCGCCCAGGACCGCUACAAAAACAUCAUCACCAUCUAUGGCCUAAUCAAUGAGCCGUACAUGCUUUCCCUGGAUGUCGAGAAAGUUCUCAAUUGGACCGUCACAGCCGCCGAAUUGGUUCAGAAGAACGGCAUUACCGCCAAAAUUGCCUUCCACGACGGUUUCCUCAAUCUCAGCAAAUGGAAGACAAUGCUGAAGAAUGGACCCUCGAACCUUCUUCUUGACACCCAUCAGUAUACUAUCUAUAAUGUUGCCCAGAUCGUUCUUAACCACACCGCAAAGGUCAACUUCGUCUGCAAUGAUUGGGUUGGCAUGAUUGGUGAAAUCAAUUCCACUUCUGAAGGCUGGGGUCCCACAAUCUGCGGUGAAUUCACACAAGCCGACACCGACUGUGCGAAAAACCUCAACAAUGUCGGCCGCGGCACCCGCUGGGAAGGCACCUAUUCUGAGGGCGACUCGACUAUGUACUGCCCCACGGCCGAACAGAGGACAUGCAGCUGUACCGAAGCCAACGCAGACCCGUCAGAAUACUCAGAUGACUACAAGCUGUUCUUAAAAACGUACGCGGAGGCCCAGAUGUAUGCCUUUGAGCAAGCACAGGGCUGGUUCUACUGGACGUGGCAUACUGAGUCGGCGCCGCAGUGGAGCUAUAAGACGGGUUGGAAAAAUGGAUUCAUGCCCGCAAAGGCUUAUAAUCCUGACUACAAAUGCGGCGAUGACAUUCCGAGUUUUGGCAACUUGCCCGAAUACUAUUGAGGAUUUGUUUGACUGUCUAGAAUGGGACUUGUACAUGUGACCUGUUGUUCUGGCUUUAUUUUCUUGCAUAUACGGCUUCUGGCAUUGAACAUACUAUGAUAGCAAAUGACAAUCUGUUUAGGCGCUGGCGUCAUGGUCUGCGUCUUACACUGCGGG